GGAACGUCCAGGAGUGUCGGACACGGGCUGUUUGUUGCACUGGGAAUUUGUCAUGUAUAUAAAAGAGCAACUAUAAUGUAGGGUAAUUCUUAAGCGGGUGUUGCUCGGGAUUGAAAAAAGGGAAGAGAAAACGCGGGGAGUCUGAGGAAAAGAAAAAGUGGGAUCAUUUUGUUGUGAAAGGAGACGUGAGGCUCAACUUGUUGAAUAGAGGAGCGAUGGAGCUGAGGCUCUGUUCUUUGUAUUUCUGAGAGAAAGAUUUCACAAUAUCCAAACGUGUCAGCGGCUCGCCAGGCGACUCUUUAUUUAUUUAUUUUUUUGACAACAGCCUCACGCUUGUGGUUAGUUGUUGUUUGGCAGCAGCCGUGCCAGGCUUCGGGAGCGGUGCCGUUGCUACUAGUGUUAGCCGCCGGCUAGCCGCCUCUUCGGCUGCGCGCGACCAUGUUGCUGAAGGCUCGAGCGCUCGGCUAGCCACAGAGCGGGCUGUCUGUGUGUAGGUGUAAGGACAAACAUCGCCUACUUUGGCAAGUAAAACUGUGCUACGGAGCGUCAGUUUUAAAUAUAAAACAUACCAACAUCAUAUUCCGAUGGCGACAAAGGAUCCCGGGAGCGGUUUAACCAUUUAAUUACUUGGGAUAUAACUUUUCGGCUGGCCUCAGUGCAGGGCGCUUUGGCUGAUUUCAUCUGCUUCCGGUAUCUGCCUUUUCUAAAGGCUAUAAUAAAUGAUAUAUAGUAACGCACGUUUUCGUAGUUUUUUGGGGGGGGCGGGGGGGGGGUCAGAUGUAAAGUUGACCGCUUUUGAUCCAUGAGUUUCGGACGCACGUAAUCUGUGUGUGUUUAAGUAGGCAACACAGAAAGUUUGUGUGUGACUUGAGACAAGUUUGCACGCUCAGAUUUUGCACCCCCGGUCGGUACACCUGUCGCUGCGGCUUCCGGCGAGCGCGCACUCGGCCUGAGGGGGAAGCCGAAGGUGGGAGGACUCUGAGAGCAAGUGGGACUCAAACUCAAGCGCAAGGAUUGAAGGAAGGGGACUGAAACUGAGGAGGGGUCCGGUUUAAGGAAGGACUAGGGCUGAAGCUGGGGGCGAAGCUGAGGCCUCCAUUCUUGGCUGCUUUGCUGGUCCCGACACAACAGGGAGUAACGCCAACAGUCACAGUGUCCGGAACAGCGUGGAUGAAAGCCAGGAGAUGAAGGUGACGGUGACCUUCGGAAGGACCGGCGUGGUCGUCCCCUGCAGAGAAGGGUGGACGGUGGGUGACCUGAUCCAGCAGGCCACACAGAGGUACAGGAAGCUCCUGGAACAGGAGGGAGACUUCCUGGUCCGUACUCACCACGUUGAGCACAGCGAUGGAGGCAUCUUGGACCCUGACGAUGUGCUUAUUGACUUGGUCGAGGAUAAGGACAGGCUGAUUGCAGUGUAUGAGCAGCGGGAAGCUGUGCCAGAGGAGGCUGUGAGCCCAAGGGGAGGUGGCAUGAUGGGACACCGCAGCCCAGAAUCCUACGACUCAGAGCUUCCUGGCUUCAGGCCUAUCAGAGGAGGCGAGAUUGAGGUCAACUCUUCCAUCCUGAAGUCCAACACUCCACUUCUUGUAAGGAGCAGCAGUGAAUCCGCUCUUGGCCCCCCAGUUGAGACUGGACCUCCACAACUUGAAGAACUUGAAAGAAGGCCACCACCUCUGGUGGAGAGCCAUUCGCUGAUGGACCAGGCAGUAGCAGAAGAAAUCCACCGGCCAGAUGUACUUUCCAAAACAAGCAAGGUCCUACUCAGUAGCCUUACCAGGACAGUAGAGAUCUCUGGGGAACACGGGCCAUUGGGAAUCCAUGUUGUGCCAUACUGCUCUUCUCUGAGUGGACGGUCGCUGGGUCUGUACAUCCGUGGUGUGGAGGAGAACAGCCGCUCCAAAAGAGAGGGCAUCUUCCAGGAAGAUGAGUGCAUUGUGAAGAUCAAUGACACUGAAUUAAUGGACAAAUCCUUUCCGCAGUCACAAGAUGUGUUCCGGAUGGCCAUGCGCUCUCCCACUGUGCGCCUGGAGGUGUUGCCUGUUGCCAACAAGCAGCUCUACGAGAAGAGCCUCAUAGGUCAGCUCUUCAACCAAGAGGUGCACGACAGAAUAGCCAGAGCUGUAGUGCCACCACCGCUGACGGUUAAGCCUGAUGCCAAACACAUGGAAUCUCUAGCCAAGACCCCUGAUCCCAUGUCCCAAGUGGGUGAGGUUCAAGCCUCUCAUAGCCUGGAAGGUCCUCGGCUGGGUCCUUCACAGCCAAUCAGCCAGUCGCCCACCCCAAGAGGUACCAGUAGCAGCCCGCUGCUGAAGAAAGGUCCAGGCCAAUCCCCUGUGGUGGCCCUGGCCAACAAGAAAGGUGGCAAGAAAUUGAAGAUCGAUCUGCUGAAGGGCACGGAAGGCCUGGGUUUCACUGUGGUGACCAGAGACUCAUCAGUACAUGGGCCUGGUCCUAUCCUGGUCAAGAACAUCCUGCCCCGGGGUGCUGCUGUAAAGGAUGGACGUCUCCAGUCAGGUGACAGGAUCCUGGAGGUAAAUGGCCUGGACAUGACAGGCCGCACCCAGGAGGAGCUGGUGGCCAUGCUGCGUAGCACCAAGCAGGGGGAAACUGUGUCGCUGCUGGUGGCUCGCCAGGAGGAGAUGUUCCUGCCUCGAGAGCUGAAGGGAGAGCACACCAGCACCCUGAUGUCAGAGGAAGGCAAGGAGCAGUUGAUGUUUGAGAUCCCUCUGAACGACUCUGGAUCUGCUGGCCUGGGAGUGAGCCUGAAAGGCAACAAGUCCCGAGAGACAGGGGAGGAUCUUGGUAUCUUCAUCAAGUCCAUCAUCCAUGGGGGCGCUGCAUACAAGGAUGGCCGCUUGCGUGUGAAUGACCAGCUGAUUGCUGUGAAUGGGGAGUCUCUGGUGGGCCGUUCCAACCAUGAUGCCAUGGAGACGUUGCGCCGCUCCAUGUCCAUGGAGGGCAACGUACGGGGUAUGAUCCAACUGGUGGUGAUGCGGGCCAUGGAGCGGCAGGAGAACGAGGGGACCAUUGCGUUGCAGAACCAAGUCUCGUAUAGCUCCUCUGCCCAACCAGUGCUAGCCAGCAAAUCAGAUAGCCUACCCCAGCCUCUAAUGGUGAACAACAUCCUCUAUGAAAGAUCUUCAGCUAUCACCCUUGUGACCAAUGGUGGCAUGGACCAUGUGGAGGAAGAGGAGGAUGAGGAGGAGGUGCCUCCUCUACCUAGCCAACUGGAGAACGACAGAAACACCAGUGCCAAACCCACGUACUCUCCUCGAAGUCCAAAGUGGGAACAAGAUUCACAAGCAGCUGAGGCCUCUCAAAGCAGAAGGCAGCAUAACCACGUCAAGUCCUCAAAGAGUAUGGAUCUAGUGGCAGAUGAGAGCAACGUGGGAUCGCUAGCAAGGCAGAAAACAGACGUGUCCACCGAGCUAGAGCUGGGCCCGACCCUGGGUUUGAAGAAAUCCAGCUCCCUGGAAAGCCUGCAGACUGCUGUGUCAGAGGCAAGAAAGAGCGAGCUGCCCUUCCACCGACCGCGUCCGCACAUGGUACGCGGCCGUGGCUGCAAUGAAAGCUUCCGUGCUGCCAUCGACAAGUCAUAUGAUGGCCCACCGGAGCUAGAUGAUGAUGAACUGUCAGACCAGAGUUCUGGACGUGAAACACCUGCCAGCGGUUCUUCUCGCCAGGGGCUUGGAGACACUGAUGAUGGCAAGAAGGACAAGAAGAAGUCCAAAGGCAAAAAGAAGGACAAGUCUAAAGGCAAAGGGAAGGAACGAGACAAGAAGAAGUUGGAGGACCUUGAGGAGAGUGAUAAAAAGACAAAGAAGAAAGGGUUUACUUUGCUGAGGUUUGGUAAGAAGAAAGAGGAGAAGAGCAAGAUGGAUAGCAAAGCCACUGUGCAGAAGCAGAAGCCCGAGGUGCUGAGUGAGGAGGAGCUUGAGAAGAUGAAGGAUGAGAGGGAAAGGAUCGAGGCCAAGCAUCUGGAGCUGCGGGACCGCCAGGCUCAUCGCUUUCCUGCGCCUGACAUGGAAGAUGAUGACGCAGACCCAAACUAUGCACGCAUCAGCAACUUUCGGGAUCCACCAGCACGCAGCCAGUCACCCCACAAGAACCGUACACCAUCCCCCAGACUGCUCCCACCUGGCAUCUCUCACAGCAGGGAGCCAUCUACUGAGGACCCCCUCAAUGGGCUGUAUGCCAAAGUCAACAAGCAGAGACCCCCUCCACAGCUCGCCGACAGCAAUGUGGACCGGAUACAGCAGCUGAGGAGGGAAUAUCACCAGGCCCGCCGAGAGGGAGCAGCACCCCCCUACGAAGAGCUAGAGUCCCGGCGCCGGGUCCUGGACUAUGACCCUCACCGGAUGCCAGCAAGAGGGCCUGACAUUCGGAUGGCACCCCGCUAUGAGGACGUGGAACGCCAGUAUGCCUCACUUCCCAGACGUGGCCUUGCAGACCCAAGUGAUUACCCAUUACCAUUGCGUACUGGACACAGGGAACCUGCAAACUACUCCAGCCCACAGCCCAGCGUCCCUGGCUAUGGCCCUCAGGAUCACUACCCCCGUGGUCCAGAACACAGAGGCAUCGACUCCCGGCAACCUGACCCCGGGUUUUAUGCACCUCCGCCACAAACGAGGGGUCCAUUCCGACAGGAUGUCCCACCGUCUCCAACCCUCCCACUCCGGGCACCCCGCUACGACACUGUGAACCGCAGCGGGUACCGCACUGGCAGCCCGGAGCGCUAUGGCUAUAUGGAGGAACCCCAGGGCGACCCCAGACAGAAGAACCCCAUGACUGCAGCGGUGUAGGAGACUGCUGCCCAUUCUCUGAGACAGGAACACAGCUGAGCUCAAAGGCUCAUACACAUAAUCCAUAAAGCUGAACACAUCCUUCUGUGGGUGUGUUCAUAUGUACUGUACACACAAACUGUAUGUAAUAUCACAUUAAGUAGACUAAGCGACUCUGCCAUAUUGUCUGGGUUUAACUUCCUUGGUUUUUUUUUUUAUUGCCAGUGGGUUUUAUACAGUGACAGUUUCUUACUGUCUGACAGCAAUACUAUUGUAAAUUUCCUAGAAACCUCUAAUUGAUUGUCUCUACUGAAUCUGUGUUAUGGAUGCAUUUGGAGGGAAAAUUUGAAUGCUGACCCCUGAAGUUGAAUGUCUGUGAGAACUAGGUGUUGACUCUUGUCUCUUUCUCCUUUCUUCUGGACAGCAAAGGCAGCAAGUUUUACAGCCCAUACCACUGCACUACGCUAGGCAUUCCAAGUGGUCCAAUGCUGGCACGUCUGGCUAUUCCGUCAGAGCUUUGUAGCCUAGGUCCUGCUUUUUUUGGGGUGACUCCCAAGGGCCUGGCCUACAAUGCAUGAUCAUUGUCCUUAUUCCUGUCACUUUGACGCCUAAUGAAUUCUAAUGAAGGUAGCUCACUUUGCUCUCAAAAACCAUGUUGCUCACAUUUAAUGACUGGAAGAGCAGUUAGACUGAUAGUAAUCAGUUUUUAAAUUUUAAUUCUUUUGUCUAUGGUAAGCAGUAGAAAAUGAUGAAAUCCUACCACAUUUGACAAAUAUCUUGACCUUGUAGCAUACUGGGGGGACAGUAAGGUGUGACCAUCAGAGGUAGCAGCCACUCAGCUGAAGUCCUUUCACAUGCAGAGCUGCAUGGAUGGCCCAUGUAGGAUACUCGACUUCCUGGCUGCUUCGCUGUCCUAGUUGCUCCAGGAAAGACUGGCCCUGGUCUCCCUGCUGUUGGGUUUACACUCGUCCCUCUUGGUGUGUCAUUUGGGAAGGAUAGGCUUUUGUGGCUCACCCACAUGAGCUCGACACAUUCAAAGAGCUGUUCUGUUCUUACUGCAACUGUGCCUUUAUAUAUCUUUUCAAAUGUGUAUUAAGAAUGUGAUGUGUAUAUCUUUAAAGGGUCAUCUGUCAUGUAUUGCUGUCCUGCUAGGAGCGCAGAAACCAAGAUGUGAAAGUAUACUCCAGAGCUGCCUCUUAGACAUGCUAGAGCUGAAGGAACAAAGGACACUUGUCAUAUGACAGAACCUAGCUAUAAACAUUUUUUUUUUUCUCUCUUUCCUUUUGCUUGGAUAUAGGGUUUCCUUGCUGUGACUACAAGACCACUUUGAUAUUGUCUAACCAUUAAUAAGCAUAUUAUUUUUCAGUUAUGUUUUGUAUCACUGUUAUGCUAAAUAUACAAUUUAACGGUCAGUUACCUUGAGCUUUCUUAUCUUGAAUGUAGGACUUUUAUCCCUCAUCUAUUCUCAGUUUGGCUAAUCUAAAUCAAAGUUUGAUGUAAUGUGGGAAAAUCAUUAAGAAUUUUAACAUUUUAAUUUAUCAAAAUGAGCAUACAUUUAACCUUUGUGAUAUCAGAUUAGCGCUAAUCUCACAUUUUAAUAAUUAUCUUUAACAAUUAAGAUGUAGCGAUAUGUACUGACAUGAUUAUGGUCUGAAGGAAAUGUGGCUGAUCAGAAAAUUAAAACCAUUAUG